AUGACACCGGAUUCCGUGAACCGGUAUCUUUCUGCGGUGAAAUCCCUGGCAGCGAAACCGGAUUUUGAAAGAUUGGCUGUACCGGGAUUCCAUAAUGAUGGUGUCCCUAGAUCGACGGCUGAAUGUGACGAGCGCCGGCAUACGGCCACGCUAGGCGUGUUGCCGAGUCUGCUUUUGCGGGAUAAUCUGACGCUGGCCGUUGAAGGUUUGAUGGGUUAUCCGCAAGUUGAUCAUGCGUUCAAGAGCCAGGAUCUAUCUCUGGAAGAUUUUGUCGCGGAGAAUUGGGCUGAGUUGGCUGGUUCGGGGGUUUGGCUUUCGGAGUAUGAGGUUUACAUCGUCGUCACUCGGGUGAUUUACUAUCCCUCGGGAACUCUGACCGAGCCAACGAUUAGUUUCCUACGUGGGCGUAUCUUCGACGCGCUGUGGAACCACCUGGAUAACUAUACGCUCGACUGGGACGAGGAGCCCAUUGCCUUCCCCCGCAUGCUUGAUAUCCCCGUUACUUGGAACGAGGACAGUAGAUUCAUCGGACCUGAGGACCCGCGAGUGAUUAUCGAAGAUGGGGUCCUAGGUGCUGAGCCUGUAAUCAUUUUCAACAUGCUCUCCGAAGAGGUAGACGGGGGUCGGGCGAUGUGGGUGCAUCGACCAUUCUCGAACUCAACCAAUCCCUUGACAAUCCGGGGCGAAGUGCAAAGACUGGAAGAGAAGAACUGGGCGCCUUUUUUCCACUCGGAAUCCUCCCUAUAUCAUCAGCCCAGUCGCCACCUGAACUUCAUCUACAGCCUGCAACCUCUCCGCAUUAUGCGCUGCCAUAUUCGCCAUGGCAUCUGUGAUUGGACUUUCAAGCAAGAACUCCCCGCCAAAAUGAUCCACGACCACCCGGAAGUCCAAGGUGAAAUGCGCGGCAGCACCAACUUCAUCCAAGUCCACGAGUCAGACCCAGACAUAUCUCUCUGGGUCGGAUUUGCACGCACACAUCUGGACGGCAUCUGCAGCAGCAACCCCAGCCCUAGCGGCUCCAUCCACCGCCCAGAACUAGUCAUUCUCGCAAAUAGCGGAUCAGAGUUCCAUAUCGUGUACACUAGCGAAGCGCUAGAUUUCGGAACAGCCGUGCUGGACGAAGCUGCGCGCGAAGCGCCCUGCACUGAGGGCCAGAUUCUGAUACCGAAUGGGAUUGUGCGGUGGGAUCAGGAUCGGCGCGAUCUGCUGCAGCUUGCGUUGAGCGUGAACGAUCACACCACGCAGGUGCUUUCUAUGCGCGGGGUGUCACAGCUCGUGCAGUCGCAGCCGUACCUGAUGGAGUGGCGGAGGGCAGCCAGUCCAGACGGUGAGCCGUGGGGCCAACGGUGGUCAGCUGUGGGGGCCGAUGUGGUCGGGUGUGCGGUGGUUGCGGCCAGGAAUGACAGCAUGCAGUAUGGCGGCUGA